ACCUUCGACAAAGUAUUAAAUAAGUUGUGCAAACUUUAGGAUGUUUAUUCAGAGUGCAUUCGUUGCAGACAGUUCGAUAACUAUUGAUGUCCCAAAUGGUUAAUAAGGGCCCAUAUUUUAUAAAUGAUUUCAUUGUUCCGUCUUUGGACAAGGAAUCAUUUUUCAAUCUGAGAUGGAUAAACAGGGAUCAAAAACUAUACAAGGUCAUCUGGCCACACAAGGGUUCGCGUUUGUGGAAAGAGAAAGACUUUAACAUAUUUCGAGAAUGGGAUAUAAUGAAAGGCAAUCAUCAUCCAGAAACUCCAGGAUACUGGACAUAUGCAAAGCAGAGGUUCAGAAAUGCCCACUCUAAGCUGGAAAAACUAGGAAGAGUAAAAAGGGAGAAAAAUCUAGAAGCUAAGGGAUUUCGGGUGUACAGAAUAAUGAACUCAAUAGACCCACCACAAACACACCAAAAAUUGUGCAAUCUAUCCAGCUGGCACAUUGAAAAACAAUACUGUGUUUCAGAUGAUGUUUUAGCUAACACACUACUCUCAAACAAGUCUGUACAUUUAUAUCUUGUGUGUGAAGAUGAAACCUACAAUAUUAAUUUAGGACAUAUUGAGGGUACUGUUGUCACAGCUGGUGCCAAUGAACUUUUAGAGCAGUCUGUGAUACAAGAUGGAAGAGAGCUAAGGAAAGCAGGGUCUACUAACAGAAGUGUUGAAGCUGUUCUACUGGAAACUGAUCAGCAAGAAAGUGUAGUUCAUACAGUAGAGAAGUUUGAUUCGAAGUAUGAAGAUAUCAUUGGUGACCCAAUCCUCUCCCAAGCAAUUAAAAAUGAUAAGAGCAUAAAUCUAGUGAAUUUUAAUCUUCCUUUCUAUAUUCCAAAAGAUGAUGAGAAGCAGAUUAACACUGUGCUAGAUCCUCUGUUUGAUCAUGAUGAAAGUCUGUCACUGUAUGAUGAUAUGGAGUUGAAUGAUGAUAAUUUGCAGUUUCCACAUGAUUCAAUCUUUUCGAAAAAUCUGGAACUUACAGAGGUAUGCAGAAUUCAGGAGCCUAUUUGGCAAUGUGGUGACAGAAGAAUUAAGGGAGAAAGAUUUUUUUUUUGAGAGAAGUAAUCUUGACUAACAAACCUGAUGUUAAAAGGUUUUCGUUUUUUCACUUGUACAAUUAAAGAAUUAAAAUCGGAUUGAAUCAAUGUAA